AUGCAGUGUCCGAAAGAACACCCCCAGUGCUCCCAUUGCACCAGUGACAACUUACUAUGCCAAUAUAUCUCCUCAUCUAGCUCGCUGGUCUGGCCAAGGGCAAAGUCCCGUUCCACUACUCCAACCAUUCCGCCAGCCCGGACGGCCUCGCAGUCGCAACCCAACGCCAGGAUUUACGCACAGUAUCGCCUCGUCAUGGAUCAUCCCAUCAGUCCAUGUGCUCCGCCGGGAGGCGAACUUAACAUCCAGGACUUGGAGUUGAUGAUGCAGUGGUGCACUACCACCUACCUAUCCGUCUCGCGCAAUAGCACUGUCGAGGGGAUCUGGCAGGGUGUGGUCCCGCGCGAAGCAAUGCGCCACCCAUUUCUCAUGCACGGCAUCCUGGCCCUGUCGGCCCUACAUCUGGCAUCCACGUCCACCAACAGUGGAACCAGCAAAGAGGACUACUUGCGCACCGCCCAGAGCCAUCAGCAACAGGCCGUUGCGGGCUUGGCUAAGAUCGCGGAACACCUGGACCGGUCCAAUUGCAACGCUGCCUUUGCCCUCUCAAGCAUCAUGGUCGUCUUUGCGUUUGCUUUCCAAGGAAACCCAUCCUCCACUGCCAGCACCAAAGCCAACGCCUUGGAUGCGCUAAUGGAUAUCUUUCAAUUUACCAGAGGAUCCAUUGAUGUGCAAGGGGAAAUUAUCGGCUGGGUUGCUGAUGGAGAGUUCAGUCCCCUCCUAGAAUACGAUAACUCACAACCCAAGAUGCCGGAUACUUCACGCCUCGCGAUAAUGUCUCUGUCCAGAUUGAAUACCAAUUUGGCGAACAGGGACUCGACGCACGAGAAGGACAUCUACGACGCGACCAUCAAGCACCUCGGGUUCUCCCUGGACAAGCUCGCUCGCGGAGGAGAGACCAUGAUCAUCGCCUUCCAAUGGAUUUUUCGGAUUCCACCGCGGUACGUCGAAUUGGUCCGGGAACGACAACCCUUUGCACUGGCGAUUCUCGCCCAUUACGCCGUCAUCAUUCACUCGUUGCGAGGCCAUUGGUGGAUUGGCGAGUGGGGAACACGACUGAUUCGGGACAUCGGCCAACAUCUGGAUGCCGGAUGGAGAGAGUCGAUUAGUUGGGUAAUCGAUGCCACGGGUUGCUAUAUCCCUCCGGUCUGA